AUGACACACCACCAUAACAACCUCCUCUCCGCAGCCGCGACCGCUCCACCACCACCACCACGAAAAGAAUUCCGCUAUCGCGGCGUCCGUAAGCGUCCCUGGGGACGCUACGCCGCCGAGAUCCGUGACCCGUGGAAAAAGUCACGAAAGUGGCUCGGCACAUUCGCCACCGCGGAAGAGGCCGCCUUAGCGUAUGACGCUGCGGCCUUCAGACUCCGCGGUGCGAAAGCGAAGAUGAAUUUUGGUGUUACCACUCCAUUUUUCCCCCCUGUGGUUGAGAAGAAAGAUAAUUAUGGUAAUUUUCCGGCAUCAUUUUAUGAUCACUCUGGUGGUACUUCUGUUAUAAACUUAGGUUGUGAAAAGCAAUUGGUGGGUGUUGCUGUGGUGGAUGAUGAUGAUGGCAUGAAAGCAAAGACGGUGAAGAAACCCUUUAUGUUUGAUUUGAACCUGCCGGCGACGUUAUUUUGA